AUGCGGGAUGAAAUGCUGCUGGAGAGUAAUCUCGAAUCUUGGAAUAAAAAUGGGCCACGCUUCGCAGAGCUGUCUCCAUUAUGGCGAACCGUGUUUGGAUGCGUUAUUACGUGCGAUAGAACAUGGUGGAUGAUGAGAAGGGAGCUAGAUCAGUUGAAUAGAAAACUCGCACUUCCCCAUUAUACUUUGGACGCACAGCAAUAUCCAAACACGAGGCUUUUUUAUUUCAUGUCACUUUUGCUGGUAAAAAAAACUCCCAGGAGUGUUAUUCGUUUUAUUUAUACGCUCCAGAAUGACAAAACGGAAGCGGAUCGUCCGUCACGUUUCGUUCCUGUUCACCGGAAAUUUAUUUUAAAAUUCUCUACAUUGCUUGAUAUAUACAUAUAUACACUGACCCGUAACUCGGGUGAUACAGCGGUUGUGGGUAUGCUGGCCUGCUUUGUGUACACUCAUAUACACAGGAACCUGGUUCCGCGAGUUUUAAUCCACACAAAUACAACACUGAACCAACUUUGUCUCUAUUGCUGCUGUAUUUGUGUUGUAGUUUGUUGGUAA